AUGUCAGAUUGUGGGCCAGCUCCAUCUCUGACGGAUGGCUCGGCAACAGCCACCUCUUUGACUGCGAUCUCUUUUACGUGUGACAACGGGUUUGACCUGGUAGGCACGGCCACCAUUAAUUGUUUGGAUCCAACUGGCUGGGAGACGGGACCCUCAUGUCAAUGUCCAGCGCUCACGGCUCCAACAAACGGAGGAGUUGACAAAACCUCCGGAACAACAGCUGUGGGUGGAAUAGCAACUUACACGUGCGAUGCCACCUUCACGCUUUCGGGCACCGCCACGAGGACUUGCGUGAGUGGCACCGGAUGGGAUGGUUCAGCGCCUACCUGCGUCGCUAGCACAAACGACUGUGAGUCCUUAGUCAAUUCCUCCAACGGGCAGGUAGCUGCACCGGCAACAACAGAGGGAUCGAUGGGAAUUUAUAGCUGCAACAGUGGCUACACGUUAGUCGGUAGUAGUUCCCGCGCGUGUGGAGCGUCUGGCUGGAGCGGUUCUGAACCAACUUGUCAGCAAGAUUCUAAGGCGGAUGCACUGGUGUUUUCCACUUGGUUGGCUGUAGCUUCAUCAAUGUUGAUCAUUGCCAUGCUCUAG